GGGUAUCCAGAAAAUAAGUUCCGUUUGUAUUAUACGUUUAGUAAGGUCGAUGUAUGAGCGAGCUGGCAACACAGCAUUGAAGAGGGGAAGCUACCGAAUAGAAUGAGCGGUGUUCGGCGUCAGUAGCUCGUGAAACACGGUCAGGAGAGGUUAUCAAAAUGGAGUCCUCCACUUCGCGUCCCGCCACCUCCAUUCCGAUUCCUUCUCGAGUUGUUUUGCGCGGCAUCAUUCAGUUUCUUUUUGCUCAAGAUUUUAAAUCGGUUGAUAUUCACAAACAGCUUGUUUCUGUACAUGGAGAGAGUGUGAUGAGUGAAUCUAUGGUGCGGAGAUGGGUCCGAGAAUUUAAGGCAGGAAGACAUUCGCUUGAAGACGAAAGUGGGAGAGGCAGACCCUCCCUUAUCACGGAUGAGUUGACGACAAAAAUUGAAAAUGCGAUUCGCAAUGAUCGUCGUUUAACUUUAGAUGAACUCCACAACCUUUUUCCAGAGAUAUCCCGAAGUCUUAUCCAUGAGAUCGUUUCAGAAAAACUCGAAUUUCGCAAGGUUUGCGCCCGUUGGGUUCCCAGAGAACUGACUCCUCUACACAAGGCCACACGAGUGACUGCAGUCACUGGAGACGAGACCUGGGUCGCCCAUUACACACCAGAAAACGGACGUGGCAAAGAAUAUAGGCCUUUAUUCAAUAGAGUUGAUGUGCUUACCGUGCUAGGACGUGAGCCCUUGUAA